CCCGGUUUCAGCGGGAGGGCGGCGGGCACGGCGCCCGCCUCAACCCCCGGCCCCGCACGGGGAGGCGGCGGCGGCGGCGGGGCUGAGGGGAGGGUGACGCCCCACACUUUAAACCCUCCUCACUUCCCGUCCGCCUGAGGGGAGCGGCCGGCGGAGAGCCAGCCGCAGCCUCUCCCGGAGGAGGCGGUGGCGGGACGCGCAACACUGAGGCAGGCGAGCUGCUUCCUCCUCUUCCUCCUCCUCCUAAGAUGGCGGCAGACUCUUCCGAGCAGUUCUGCGUGGCCGAGGAGCGGAGCGGCCACUGCGCCGUGGUGGACGGCAACUUUCUCUACGUGUGGGGGGGAUACGUGUCCAUUGAAGAAAAUGAAGUUUAUCUGCCUAAUGAUGAGCUCUGGAUCUAUGAAAUGGAUAGUGGAUUAUGGACAAUGCACCUAAUGGAAGGAGAGUUACCCACCUCCAUGUCUGGAAGCUGUGGGGCAAGCAUUAAUGGGAAGCUGUACAUUUUUGGUGGAUUUGAUGAUAAAGGAUACAGUAAUCGGCUGUAUUAUGUUAAUUUGCGAACAAAAAAUGGAACCUAUAGGUGGAAAAAAAUCACAAAUUUUAAAGGUCAACCUCCUACACCACGUGACAAGCUUUCCUGCUGGGUGUAUAAGGACAGGCUAAUAUAUUUUGGUGGUUAUGGCUGUAGGAAGCAUAAUGAGCUGAGUGAUUGUUUUGAUGUCCAUGAUGCAUUUUGGGAAGGACAAAUAUUCUGGGGAUGGCAUAAUGAUGUUCAUGUUUUUGAUACAACCACACAAACUUGGUCUCAGCCAGCAAUUAGAGGUGGAGAUCCACCUCAGCCUCGAGCAGCUCACACCUGCGCUGUGCUGGGAAAUAAAGGUUACAUCUUUGGAGGACGAGUGCUGCAAACUAGAAUGAAUGAUUUGCACUGCCUGAAUUUAGACACUUGGACUUGGUCUGGAAGAAUUAAUAUCAGUGGAGAGAAGCCGAAAGAUCGAUCUUGGCACACGCUGACACCGAUAGGAGAUGACAGACUUUUCCUUUUUGGUGGACUAAGCUCUGAUAAUGUUCCUUUAAGUGAUGGCUGGAUUCACAGCAUUACAACGAAUGGAUGGAAACAACUUACCCAUUUGCCUAAGAGUAGGCCUAGAUUGUGGCACACAGCCUGCCUUGGGAAAGAAGGAGAAGUGAUGGUGUUUGGUGGAAGCAAAGACGACUUGCAUUUCAUGGACACAGGUCACUGCAGUGACUUGUUGAUAUUUCAGACUCAGCCUUAUUCGCUCCUCAGGUCGUGUCUCGACUGCAUUGGCAAAAACGCCACUCUCUUGAAGUCCCAGAUCCCGUGUUUGCCAUCCAAACUCCUGCAACAGGUGCUGAAAAAAAUCACCUUCUGGGCAGCAGUUACCCACCGGCGAGAGAAAAAAGCCCAAACGGAAAGACAAAGCCAACUAAAUUCCACAUGAACGAGGCGGUGGAGCACUCUGGUGUCUUUCCAAGCCUACGAGCAGAGUCUUUUUGUUAGUGAACUUUUCCCCGGGCGGCAGGAGGACCCUACGUUAAAGCUGAGUUUCUGAAGUGAAGUUUGAGAAGAAAGAAAUCCUUUUUUACGGAAACCUCUUUUCGUUUCCUGUGUUCUAGAAAAAGAAAAAAAACUGAUCAAAGCUUCCAUUUUGUAUAUAUGGUUAACUUCUGCUGUUGUGCUCUUCACGACACGGUCCUACGACUUGGUUCUUUUUGAAGGUGGCGGAUGAUACAGAAUGUUUCCAGUUCAAUAAAACACAGAGUAAUCCUAAAACCUUCCCGCAGCCUCAUCCCAGUGGCCCUUCUGAAAAGGGAAAAUUAGUCCAAUGCCGUGUUUUUGGAAGAUUCACGCUUCGUUAAAGGCAACUAAUCUGCUACCAUCACCUGAUCCCAUUGAUUCCACCAGCUCCCACCAUCCGAGCGUCUGGUCGAAUGACUCCAAGAAGGAAAAUUGAUGCGAUUCGGGUGGGAAUUGGGAAAAUCCUGCCAGGAGCAGCGUUUGCCGUUUGUAUAGGAAAAGCUCCCACCCAGUUUCACAACCUGGUUUUACUGCCUUUCUGUUAGCGACAAGUCCUUUUUGAAAUAGGUUGUAUAUUGUAUUUUGGAUGUGUAAAGUUUAUAUUUAAUUCUUGUUUAAAAAAAAAAGAAAUAUGCUUAUUUAUUGUUUAAAAAGAGCAUAUGUAGUACUUGCUAUUUUUCUGUUUCAAAAAUUUAGUUAACAGGAGCACAAGUCAUUAAAAUUUUAUAGUUGAAUCGAGA